CAAGGUCACGGUCGCGAGAGCAAACGAUGCCCCCUUAUAGCGGAAGAAGUUGGGAUCACGCGUUUCCGGGCGUUGGCCGGGGUGCGAGAGGGGUGAGACCUAUCUCAACAAAGCACUGUCAGACUAUGACUAGCUUCAUGCUUCAUGUUCGCACAGAAAAUAUAUCCUUUCCCAGUACGGCUACGGGUGCGAGGGCGGCUGCGAACAUCAGGAGUAUUGUAAGCAUAUUGCAUGGCAUUCCUGUUGGAGGGAAGCGGACUAGCUGCCUUUGAUGCGUAUCAUCACGAUGAAGCAUGAGCUCGGCAGGAUUCCGCAAUGCUUGCGAAGCGUUUUUAGCAUACUUUUCUCUUCGGAUAAUGCAAUGCUGCAAAAGAUCAAAUAUUAUACGUGUUUUGCUUGUAGAUUUGCACGUACAGCAGUCACUCGCACGCCUAAAGAAGCGAGCACGCAUAUUGGUUUUAGGUUUGGCCCUAAGAUAGGAAGACAGUGGUUUGAUCAUCGAUACAGUGCGAGGGGAGCAGACCACGGCGACGAGGAGACAGUCGCUUUGUUUCUGCCAUGCAGCCACAACAAGUCAUAGACCCGGCCGAUGUACACCUGUCGAUGGAUGGAUUUCCAGCGCCGUAGUUGCGUCAUGAUGACACAAAUCAAAAGCAAAACAAAGAACACAACGAACCCGAGCUGCAUCUCCGUAUGUGGGCUUGACUUUCAAGAACAAGAUCUUCCGCUGCGUGAGCUUGUUCACAAGCGUACAGAAUUCACAUCAGCAGUGGCAGCAUGUGAUUUUGAUCGAAUUGAGACUCAGGUCAGCAUAACUUCUUCC